AUGGCGUCCGAGGACCCCUCUGUCAAGGCUGUUCAGGUCAAGCUCGUUCUCCUCGGCGAGGCUGCUGUCGGCAAGUCGUCGCUCGUCCUGCGUUUUGUCCAGAACGACUUCAACGAGAACACGUCACCCACCAUUGGAGCGGCCUUCCUCACGCAGAAGUGCCGCCUCGAGAACCGGGUUGUCAAGUUUGAGAUCUGGGACACUGCCGGCCAAGAACGUUUCCACUCGCUUGCGCCAAUGUACUACAGGAACGCGGCUGCCGCCGUUGUCGUGUAUGACAUUACAAAGGCUGCGAGCCUCGAAAAGGCCAAGGCAUGGGUCAAGGAACUGCAGAGGCAGGCCAACCCCAACAUUGUGAUUGCGCUUGUGGGAAACAAGCUCGACCUCGUCGAGGGUGCCGAUGGCGAGGAGGCUUCUACCCCCACCGAGGCUCCCGAGGCCGCAGACGAGGACGCACCCGCAGACGAGGACGAGGACGGAACCCCGCCCCCACCUGCAGCUGCGCCUGCGUCUGAGGGUCCCAGGCAGGUGUCCCACGCCGAGGCCAAGGCAUACGCCGACGAGUGUGGCCUGCUCUUCUUCGAGGCGUCGGCCAAGGCCGGCACCAACGUGCAGGAUGUGUUUACCGAGAUUGCCAAGACCAUCCCUCUCGACACCAUCACCCCCAAGCCCGCUGCCGGCGGUGCCCAGAACCGCCGCUCGGCAGCCAACGCUGCUGCGGGCGACGCCAGCGCCGUCAACCUCGGCGACGGUGCCGCGGCCAAGAAGGGUGGCUGCUGCUAA